AUGGAGCGUGUACGACCAAAAGACGAUCCAUGCAUCUUCUGCUUCAAAAUAGUGUCAUCUGAAAAAGAGAAAAGAUACGUUACAACAGAAAAUUACACACAAUUAGGUUUAACGGAGGAUGAAUUCAUCACAACACGAGGCAAAAUAAUUUGUUCUGCGUGUAGAAUGUCGAGAAUACUUCCGAAAUACAAGAAUAAGUGUCCCACAUUAAAUUGCACUACGCCGAGAAGAAAAAUUAAAUUACGUGAAUUGCAUUUAUCCGACAAAGAGGAACUCAUCAUUCAAGAAAAAUUUCAAGUGUCAAAGAACGAAAAUGUGUGCCGGGCCUGCUCGUACAAAAUAUACAAAUACAUUGCGACUAGCUUGAAAGUAGAAAAUAACGAUUACAUUCCAAAAGCUAUAAGCCAAAUGGAUUCUGUGAUCUGUACCUACAAUAGAUAUCCAGCCUCGAGUAACAUCAACGUUCAACAACUAGAUGCCUCAACACCUCCACUCAGCAAUAACAUCAGUGAGAGAUAUCCAGCCUCGAGUAACAUCAACGUUCAACAACUAGAUGUCUCAACACCUCCACUCAGCAAUAACAUCAGUGAGAGAUAUACAGCCUCGAGUAACAUCAACGUUCAACACCUAGAUGCCUCAACACCUCCACUCAGCAAUAACAUCAGUGAGAGAUAUACAGCCUCGAGUAACAUCAACGUUCAACACCUAGAUGCCUCAACACCUCCACUCAGCAAUAACAUCAGUGAGAGAUAUCCAGCCUCGACUAACAUCAACGUUCAACAACUAGAUGCCUCAACACCUCCACUCAGCAAUAACAUCAGUGAGAGAUAUACAGCCUCGAGUAACAUCAACGUUCAACACCUAGAUGCAUCAACACCUCCACUCAGCAAUAACAUCAGUGAGAGAUAUCCAGCCUCGAGUAACAAGCUUAACCACGGAGGAAGACCAAGGAAAAAGUUCAGCGAAGGAAGCGUAUCUACGAGACGUAGAAUAAAAUCAAAGGCAAAGAGUUUACUGAGUGAACUGGUUGGCAAGUAUGACGAAAUAUCGAAAGGGGAAGGACGGGAAUUAUUUGAAGAUGUUUGUGAUAAAGUACCAAUUAGUAGCACAACCGACAAAAAAUUGCUCGAAGUGGUUCAUGGUAUCGCAAAGGCUUACACAAAAGAACCGCCAGGACCCGCCGGAAAGACUAGAAUUUUAAGCACCGUUGCAAACGCCUUUUCUAACAAGGAACUUCAAGCCAAAUUUAACUGCACUGACUAUGAAAUCACACAAGCUCGUAGACAAGCCACUGAAUAUGGACCUGGGGUUACACCACCAAAGAAAAAUAAAUUUGUUACGAAAUACAGAAUUCCACUUGAAGACCUUGAGUUUGUCCUCAAUUUUAUUCACCAUCCAGAUAAUGCAGUUCCAUCUUCUCACAGGAUGGCUUCAUGUGACGGUAAAAACUCAUCUUGGAUUUCAGAUCUCGUUGGUGGAGGAAAACUACCCGUUCUGUGGUUGAAAGACGGAAAGCAUCACCUUUACGACAAAUACAAGGAAGAAUGUUGUAGGCGAGGUAGCAGACCAAUAAGUAGAACUAAAUUCUUGGAGGGAUUAAAUGCAGGUAAUUUCAAAGAAAUGGUAGAAAUGGCUGGCUUAUGCAACAUCUGUGACGAGGUGGGAGCGCGAAAUUUUGAAAGUUUGGACGCGCUGCUUUCUAGCUUAGACGAGGAGAUAAAAUUGCACAAGCCAAAACCAAGUUUGAUAGCAGAAACCCCCGAAGUUGACUGUGGCCGUGGAAUUGUAUCCCAAGUGGUGACAAUGGUUGACUUAUCAAACCAUGAAGACGACAAGCAGCAAAUCGACCCGCUGCCUUACGACUCUCCGAUUCUGAUGGUGGAAGUAGAACCUGGUCUAUCCGAUCUACCGUUGACACAGGCGCUCAGGAAGAGAUUGAAAGGUUUCAGAGGUCAUCUAUUAUCGGAAUUCCAACAAUCCCUAAGCAGUACGUCAAAUACUCCUUGCCACUGCAUGACCUGGUUGCUUGAAGCGGAACCCAAGUGCAAAGACCAUGAAGAAAUAUGCAACAAAUGCUUCGAGAGAUAUCUGUUAUUUGAAGAUAUUCAAGAAUGUGUCUACCAUAGCAACCUACCAAAAGAAAGAAAGGUCCACUACAAAGAAUUACUUGAUGGAAUUGAAUUAAAGUCACGAAUGUAUAUAGCUCAUCUCGUUCGUGGCAAGUACCAAAAGCAAGAAUUUUUGAAAGCCAUACGUGAGCUUCGUUCCGGCCAAACGAUCGCAGUAUGCGACUACAUGAUGAAGCUCUUGUUACAAAAGUUCCGGGAGCCACAAAAGGAUUGGUACGCCAAGAAGGGAGUUUCUGUCCAUGGAUGUAUGUUCUUCUUUCGUUCUGAGGAUUCGUCUGAGAUUGAGAUCGAAAUCCAUGAUUUAUUUUCUAAUGGAGACUGUACACAGAAUUGGUUCUUUACAGCAAGCGCAUUUGAGGCCUCGUUUACAAAUUUUCAAGCUCGUCACCCUAACAUUCAUACAGUUUCCAUAUGGUCAGACAACGGACCUCACUAUCACAACACAUCUCUAAUGUUAUGGUUGAUGCGUCUACCCGAGUUUUGUCCACUGACAGUAGACAAGUAUUCGUUUUUCGAAGCCCAAAAAGGGAAGACAGCAUUGGACGCGCACUUCGCCACUUUUAAAUUUGUACUGAGGGCUUGGAUGAAACGAGGGAACGACAUUCAACUGAGUGAAGACAUCACAAAUGGUACAAAAGAUCACUUGAAAGGCACCCAUGUAUACGAAAUAAAUAUCAAUCGUAACUUAGAACCACCUAGUGCAAAGACAUGGGCAGGAAUAACCGGUCACAGUGAGUUCAUCUACCAUUACGAAAAUAACAUUUGCAAGAAAAUAGAAGUGAAAGAACAAACAAAUGCAACCGAAAGCAAAACCCUUAAGAAAAGUAAACUGUUAAAGUUAUGGCCUUCCUAUAUAUGUUCCGAAAGCACAUCCACGGGAGUCACGUCUGCUUUCGAUAUGGAAGAAUCAGAAAAGAAGGUUCCACGUUUUGAACACAAACCAAAGGAGAAACGUAUGAGGCAAAAGAAAAAUAUGGAAACUUCUGCGCAUGAAGAAAUUACAAAUCCUGGAAGAAAAUGUCCUUCGUGCUCGAAAUUCUUUUUGCGUCCAAAAUCAUUGGAGCGACAUAUCGGUUGCAAGACCUGCAUCAGAAGAUCAGGAGUCCCUCGUGCAAAGCAUGCUAAGGUGACAGCAACACUCAAAUCACAGGCAGCCAGAAUUACAUCCACUACAUGCACCUUGGGAUUAGACGUAAAGAAACAGAAUAUUCGAAAGAAAGAAAAGUUGAUAUUAGAUAAUUGGGAAAACGAAGUAAAAGGAAGUGCUAGAAAGACAGCAAACCUGAAGCGAAAAAGGGCAAA